AUGGCCACACAAGCUGACAUAGAUGGGCUGGCUUCGAAGCUCAUGACAUCCGCCCCCCUCUCUUGGGUAGUCGCGGACUGUCCUGUUGUUGCAGUCUACGACAACAAGAUAAUACAAGAGUCUGAAUUCCUAGGACAACCGCUAGACCGGAACGGCUGUGGUGGUAUCCUUAGACUCUGGAUCGGAUCCAACCAGGUCACUCGUGAGAUGCUUGUGACUUUGACUAUUCGUAUCAGAGCAUCUCCCGUGCGGAAGAAGACUCGCCGUCAAGGUCGUCUCAUGUUCUUGAUUGUCCCCGCCGAGUCGCUCCGUCUGCACUCCACUUGCAUUGACUAUUCUAGCAUCAAGAUGCUCCCGCAAUGUCUACUUGAUGUGCCCAAUGAUGUCCAGUCCGCAAAGACCCAGCUUUUACACAUGUCUCUGGAUCUAGGACCAACGAGUAGCGACGUAAUAAUGCCGGAGUACCAAUGUAGACCGAAUGUGAUGCCACAAGCAAUGGUCUUACUGCGCAAACUGAAGUUGCUUUCUGAAUCGUCAUCCUUCCAGUUGUAUACAAACCAAGAUGGUGCGAUACAGGCAGCUCUUCAGAAUGUGUCGACUAUGUUAGCUGGGAGCGCUUCGAUCACAACCCCCUCUGUUGUGCUCACAGGCUUCUAUCCCGGAGGUCGUUCAGCGUGUAGAAACCUCUGGCAUGAACAAGGAUGGUUCGAGCUUGAAGAUACGAAUCAUAAUGAUCAUAAGAGGAUUGAAGCAUCUGGAACAAAUCACAAAGAAAUAAUCAAAUCCCAUGAUCCACAACCUCCUCCACCUUACGAAUUCGACGACGUGCUACCACCCAAAUUCGCUUCUUCGCGUCAAGCCGACGAGCCACACUUACCUCCGACCGCUUCUUUCUCGCCCGAACAAAGAACGUCAGACCUCCCUCACACCGCACCAUUCUCUCCACAUCUACCCCCCGCCGGAUCGAGCCAGAUAUUUGCACCAUCGUCUCGACUUCACCACUCGACACCCGAACAAUCGCUUUCGCCAAAUUACUCUGCCACCUUUCUUUCUGGGUUUCCAAGUGCUUCGCCACUGCGGAAAAUCAGCAAUGUUCUGGAGGACCAACGUGGAGCAGUCACGCGGGAUGGCUCUUGCCUGUCUGUCCAGGUGGCUGCCUCGAUCUGUGAUCGCGCCUUCUCUGAUGGGGACUUCUCGACGCGUGCAAACACGCCGAGUGAUACCGAUCGUGUUCCUGAUUCUUUGACGAGGAAACGGCCACCCUCAUACUCACCUGCGGAAAGUUCCACGAGCCCUGCCAAGCGUCUCGCGACCGUCACAGCAACCCCACGAUCGCUUUUGCUCAACGGAUUGAAUGCAGGGUUAUCGCCCACUGUCGCUGAUACGAUUUCCAUUCAUGACGAGCAAGUGCUUCGCGAGUCGGAAAGUGAUAACAACACUGCUGCAAGCAACCAGAUGUCGCAAUGGCUGAUUUUAGCUUGGAACUACUGCCCAACAGCACAUUACCUCUUCAUCGCCGAACUCCUGAAAUAUGGUGCUGCUAUCUCUGGCAAUCAGACAGAGGAGCUUGCGACCUGUCAUGUCAACUGCACUUUGGCUCUCCUCGCGCACUGUACUGUGCAGAGACUUGCAGUGGAGCAAACAGAUGCAGCUGCUGCACCAAACAGUAUGAUCAGUCAUGAAACAAAGGCGUUGUUGCGCUGGCUGUAUAUUCUGCGACCAGGUGCUGACAUGGAAGUCUUUGAUGCUCUGCUGCAACUGUCUAUAUCAGAGCACCGGCUGCUUCAUACUUCAACGGAAGAAGAGCACUCUUCGCUCGCGGAUAGCUACAAGCAGCACAAAGCCAACAUCAUUAGUCAGGCCUGCACGACAUUGGGGCAAGAAAUGCUACAAAAGAACGACGAACAAAACAUCAGCACCAACAUGUUGAGGGAAGAAGCGAAGUUGAGGACGCAUUGUGGUCAGACAAUCAUCAUAUAA